AGAAAUAUAACCGGCAUGCACUGGGAGGCGACCCGCGGUGAUAGAUUCUACGCAGGCGAGGUUUCUCCGAUCCUCCAGUUCUUAGAUUUACAGAAGAGAAGCAGAAAAAUCAACGCUGAACUAUUCCAUCCAACAGCAGCGAGCUGGAAGUGUGUGUUUGGAGAAGAAAGUGCAGAAGAAACGCCUCUAUCAGCCGCAGGACGUCGUUCUGAAGCAAACCGCCGAUGUCCAGCAGUUGAUGAUGUUGAUCAGAGAAGAAGUUUCCCAUGAAUUGGGCCUCACUGUGGACCAGCAGAACCCACAGCCCUUCCACAUAAAGGAGGAACAGGAAGAACAGGAGGAACUGUGGACCAGUCCACAGCUUAAUGGGCAGGAGGAGGCUGAAAAAAUGAAGGAGGAACAGGAGGCACUAUGUAUCGGUCCAGAGGGAGAGCAGCCUAAUGGACAGGAGGAGGCUGAAAAAAUGAAGGAUGAACAGAAGGAACUGUGGACCAGACCAGAAGGAGGGCAGCUUAACUGGCAGAAGGAAGCUAAUAAAAUAAAGGAGGAACAGGAGCAGACUAAUAACAUAAAGGAGGAACAGGAGAAACUGUGGACGAGUCCACAGCUUAAUGGACAGGAGGAGGCUGUUAGCAUAAAGGAGGAACAGGAGAAACUGUCACCCAGUCAGGAGGAACAACAACCUGAUGUCUCUUUGAAGAAUGAAGAUGAUGAAGAGAAACCUCGGUCCUCACAGCUUCAUCACGACCAAACUGAAGACGACAAAGAGCAAGAUCCUCCGACCAGCAGCUCAGAUAAUCAGAGGAAAACUGAUGGAGACGACUGUGGACAACCAGAACCAACUGGCAAACCAAAUUCAUAUAGUCAUCUUCAACCAAAUACUGAUGAGAACACUUCAGAUUUUUCUGAGACUGAAGUCAGUGAUGAUGAGGAGGAGGAUGAGUGGCGGGAAACUUUGUCAGAUUCUGGACCUGAAACUGAAGACAGUGACAGUAAAUGGGAGGAGACGGGGGCACCUAAAUCAGAUGUACAACUUACUGCUGGAUGUAACACUGAGAAAAAUUCAUUUAGCUGCUCUGAGUGUGAUAAACAAUUUGUCUACAAGAGGUCUUUUGAGAGACACAUGAAAUGCCAUUCAGACACAAGGGCGUCCAGCUGUUUGGGUCAUAAGAAAAGAAUGAAACGAAAUGUAGAUUCACACAUGAGAGACAAAAAAAGGGAUAAAGAGAAACCGGUAGCAUGUGAUGAAUGUGGUAAUAGAUUUAGACGUCAAUCUAAUCUUAAGUUGCACUUGAGAGUUCACACAGGAGAGAAGCCAUUUGGCUGUGAUGUUUGUGGCAAAAGAUUUUCCCAAAAGGGAGCCCUGAAGGCACACAUGGCAGUUCACACAGGAGAGAAACCGUUUGGCUGUGAUGUUUGCAGUAAAAAAUUUAGCCUAAAGGGAAUGCUGAACGCACACAUGACAAUUCAUACUGGAAAGAAGCCGUUUGGUUGUGAAACUUGUGGCAGGAAAUUUAGACUUCUGCAUGAUCUUCAAGCACACAGGACAGUCCACACAGGAGAGAAACCAUUUAUAUGCGGUGAUUGUGGUGAAAGAUUUAGUCGGCAGGGAACUCUGCUGAGACACAUGAGACUCCACACUGGAGAGAAACCAUUUGUUUGUGAUGACUGUGGGAAAAGAUUUCACAGAAAGACGGGUCUUAAGAGACACAUGUUAGUUCACACAGAAAGUAAGAAAAAAGUUGCCACCGGAAAGAGACCAUUUAAAUGUAAUGACUGUGGGAAAUAUUUUAAGCGGAAGACACAUCUCAAAACGCACAUGAGCAUUCACACAGGAGAGAAACCAUUUUGCUGUAAAGUUUGUGAUGCAAAAUUUUCACGACAGGGAAGUCUGACGAGGCACAUGAAAGUCCACAAAGAAUAGAAACUGCACAGUUUCGGGGUUUGUUUUGAAAGAUGAAUUAUGUAGACUAUGUUACGAACCACAAUAUUGCUUUGUUUCAUUGUACUUCAAUUUUAUACUCCUCUUUCGCACACUUGUAUCAGAACGAGAUUUGUUUACAAAAAAUUUUACACAUAAAACACAUAGAUACUCAUGUCACAGCAUACAGCAGAAGUGAGUACACCCCUGUGCAGGAUUAUUUAAAUGUUAAACAACUGAAAUUCACUUCCUAGUUGCAUUAUUUUUAAAUUAAACAGGAGAGCAUUUCCUCUUAUAAACACCCCAAAUCAGAUUGUUUAAAAAGGCCAUAUUGAAAGUAGAAGCAGCAAAAGUUAACACAUGUGUGAUCACUGAAACUAAAUGAAGUACUCCGACUUCACAAUGAUUGGAAAAGGCGUAGGAAGACAAGUACAAUCAACGACAAAUCAAUAGAAGCACAGUUACAGAGUUUGUUUGGCUCAGAUGUGGUCCAGACCACAGUGAAAGCAUAGUCCUGAUGGUGAGGGAUGAUAUGGGGCUGCAUGAGUACAAAACGUGUUGAGGAGAUGAAAUUUAUAGAUGUACCUUGAAAAAUCUGUGGAUGAACCAAAACACUGGCGGACAAGCCGACUCCUAGGCUGGAGAAAUUUAGCAGAACAGUCCAAAGUACAAAAACAUGAGAGUUUCUAAAGUACAAAAAAGUGAAAACUGUGGUUUUGAUAAAUAUGUCACCUAUCUUGAAUCCAAAAGAACGUCUUUGGGGAAAUAGUAGAGCAACACAACUCUUUCAGCAAAGAGAAGAUACAAAAAUAGUCUGAAGAAGCAUAAAUUUUAAAUCUUCCAUGCCAAUGAAGAUUCAGACUGAAUCUCAUUAAUAAUUGUCUUUUUUCAACCGUACUCUUAUGGGGCCUGAAGUUUCAGUAUCGGUUCUGUCAGUCCAAGCAAAAAGUCUACUCUUAAAUUUGAUUUAUUUGAUUAUUGUAAGAUGAUGCAGUUUUUAAUCAUUUAACAUUUAAAUGAUAUUGGCACUAAUCCCCUUACUCCAACCUGUAUUCUUCAUCUUUACUUUUAUAUGCUAUCAAGUUUGUUUGUUCAGCUCUAUUGAUGAAAAAUCUUCUGUUUGAGAAGGAAAACUGUCAUGGGAUUUAGAUACCUUUUUGUAGUACAUUUCUGACUCUUCUUUUUAGAUUGUUUAUUAAAGGAAACUGAUUUUAUCAUA